GCGCUGCGAGGGUGGUCCUCUAGCCUUUGCACAUUGCACAAUUGCUUGCGCCUUUGCCUGCUCCACUGUCGACUGAGGUCCUCUGUCCUCAUGCCAUGCCAUGCCAUGCUCGGCGCCAAGCAGCAAUUGAAAUCAGACUGAGGUGGGGGUUUCCAUUCUCAGGCUCCUGCCUCUGCCCUCGUCUCCUCCUGUGGCCCGCCGGCUGCUUCUGGCUGCUGCUGCUGCUGCUGCUCGCUCCAGUUCUGCCUCUCUCGCGCGCUCCCAUCGUACUAUUGGAAGUGCUGUGCUGUUGUGCUGCUGCAGAAGCCAAACAUGGCAAAGAGCAACGCCGGCCAGCAAGGCCAGGCGACCUACCACGGCGCCGUCUCUCUCUAAGCCCGCCACGCACAAAGGCAAGUGGAAGCGGGGGCCUCAGGCCUGCGCCGGUCUUCCACUUGCAGAGCGAUCAGGCGUUUUGCUGUCUGCGUUCCUCGCCUCCCGCUUCCCACUAGCGUCGAACGGGCGCUGUUCUUGCCUUUUCGGGGAUGCUGUCCAAUGGCUGCUGCGUUUCCCAACAGCGACAACUGUCUCCAGAACCCACCUGGUGAAACUGAAUGUCGAGAAUG